AUGAUUGGUAGUGAAAAAUCGAAACACACUCGUACUAAAUCAAAGGAGUUAGAUAGGAUAAGCCAGUUGCCUGAUCCUCUGCUCUGUAACAUACUUUCUCAUCUUCCGACAAAGGAUGCUGUUAAGACAAGCGUUUGUUCUGUCAGAUGGAGAAGUCUCUGGCUUUGGCUUCCUUGUUUGGAAUUGAGCUCCGAAAAUUUCUCAGAUUUCAAUGCCUUUAUGAGUUUUGGUGACAGGUUUUUCGAUUCUAAUAGGGUUUCUUGCCUAAACAAAGUCAAGCUACAUAUUGAGGACGAUGGAGCUGAUCUCAAGUCGUGGAUUGAUGCAACAGUUAAGCGGAAGAUCCAACAUCUACAUGUUCGUUGUACUGCUUGUACUGAUUAUGAGAUGCCCUCAAGUCUUUAUAACUGUGAGACACUAGUGUCCUUGAAACUCCGUGAGGUUAACGUUAGCUUGGUUGAUGUCAAGUUUGUUUCUUUACCUCGUGUCAAGACUAUGCAUUUGAAAUACAUUCAUUAUGGCAAUGGGGCCAAUCUUGAGGCCAGUUUCGAGAGACUAGUCUCUUGCUGUCCUGUCUUGGAAGAGUUGAAGAUUUUCGCGUAUGAGUGGAUGUGUCGUAGUGCACAAGUCUAUCGGGUGGUGUCUAGAUGCACAUUCAAGCUCAUCUGUGAAUACUCAAGAUUUGAACUGUUGCCUCAGUUUGGUUACAUGUCUCGCCUGUGUGUUACCCUUCCUGUGUAUUAUUUGAAGUCGGUACCAACCUUUCUUGAGAGCUGCCCAAAACUGAAAUCCCUCAUCUUGGUAUGGGAUUGUAACUCUGAGGAGAUGCGUUCCGACGACGAUGAUGAUAUGCAUAACCCUAUAAUCAAUUUUGCCUCUGUGCCAGAGUGUUUGUUAUCGUCGCUUGAGUUUGUUGAUAUCAAAACCUGCAUCUCGGGACAUGCUCCAGAGAUGAAGGUAGUAGAGUACUUUCUAGAGAAUUCAGCAAUCCUCAAGAAGAUCACUCUGCGUUUGAAUUAUUAUGAUUGUGCAAAUGAAAAGUCCUUCUUCAAGAUCCUCAUGGCAAUUCCAAGACGAUCUGCCACUUGUGAAGUCGUCGUACUUUGA